AUGCCGAUGGUGAAGCUGGUGACGAUCCCCGUGGAGGCGAGGGAGGAUGAGAAGGCGGUCAAGUGGCUGGGGCACUACUCGUCGGCGCAGAGCAUCCUGGUCGUCGGCGACGGCGAUCUCUCCUUCUCGCUGGCGCUUGCCACCGCCUUUGGCUCCGGGGAGAAACUCGUCGCCACGUCCUUCGACUCCUACGUUCAUCUGAUCAGCAUGUACAGCAAAGCGGAAUCAAACGUAGCGCAGCUCAAGAGACUGGGUGCCACGGUGCUACAUAGUGUCAGUGUGAAGAAGAUGAAGAAACGCACCGAUCUCAAGCCUAGACGGUUCGACCGAAUAGUCUUCAAUUUUCCUCACGCCGGGUUCAUAGGGAAGGAGAAUCAGGUGCAUAUGAUCAACGCCCAUCGGCUGCUGGUGCAAAGGUUCUUCCGCAACGCGAGCAAGAUGCUCCAUCCCCUCGGCGAGAUACACGCCAGCCACAAGACGGGGCAGCCAUACAACAGAUGGGAAAUCGAGGGUCUCGCCCUUGAGUUUUCGCUUCUGAAGUCUGAGAUGGUCGCCUUCCGUAAAGAGGAUUACCCCGGGUAUAACCAGAAGAGAGGCGACGGUGACAGGUGCGACGAGGAAUUCCCUCUACGCAACGGCUGCACUUUCAAGUUCCAGCGCUGGCCUCGCUAAAUUUCCCUCGCUGGCGCCGACGUAAAUUGGGCCUUUUACGAGCACCUUGUGACGCUGCUUGACCGUCGCAUCGCAUGUACUGCCACCCACUUCCAUGGACAUGGCGUGCAUGCUCAUGAGACAUCGACCCAUCACUGUGUAGAUUACUAUACUCCUUGUAGACUUCCAUGUAGUACGUAUUUUAUGAAUU